AUGGCCUCCAAAUUUGCGCCCUGGGCGCUUCGCAGCAGCGUGAGGGCACUCCGAAGCACCGUGAAGCCUCAACGACGAACAUUCCAGGUCUCUAGCGUCUCGCGCAGCACCAGUCUCAAUGUGCACCGCGACACACCCGAGAACAACCCUUCGAUUCCCUUCAAGUUCAACCCGCAAAAUGAGAAGCUCAUCGAGGAGGUCCUCAGUCGAUACCCUAGCCAAUACAAGAAGGCCGCCGUGAUGCCGCUUCUCGAUCUCGGUCAGCGCCAGCACGGGUUCACCAGCAUCAGCGUCAUGAACGAGGUGGCUCGGAUAUUGGAGAUGCCUCCCAUGCGUGUCUACGAGGUGGCCACAUUCUACACCAUGUACAACCGGAACCCUGUUGGACGAUUCCACAUUCAGUGCUGCACCACAACACCAUGUCAGCUUAACGGUAGCGACGGUGUCAUGAAGGCAAUCGAGGACCAUCUCGGCAUCCACCACGGCGAGACCACGCCCGACAACAUCUUCACAUUCACCGAGGUCGAAUGCCUGGGAGCAUGCGCAAACGCUCCGAUGGUGCAGAUUAAUGACGACUACUACGAGGAUCUCACACCCGAGACGACAAAGGCGCUCCUCACAGCACUCAAGGAAGCAGCUGAAAAGACUGGCGCUAGCGGAUGGGCGCCGGGUCUGCAGGGCGACAGCGGCAAAGAUCAAGUGUCGGGGGAGAGCACAGGCCAGAAGCUCAAGCUGGGUGGCCCUGGAUACACUGCACAGGGCGUCAAGAUUCCAGCACCUGGACCACUCAGCAGUCGGACAUCGUGUGAGAACUCGGCAGGCCAGACUAACCUGCUCAGCGAGCUUCCCACGCCCGAGCAAACAUUGCGAAAGGACGGCGCACUAUAG